GAAAGAGGACAAAGAAAGCGUUCCAGGAAAUAAAAAAGUUAAAGAAAUUGAAUUUUUUUCCAUACACACAACGGUCACAUUUCCACUUUUUAACUGUACAAAAUCUCUCAUAGAGUAAUUCAGUCAUCUCUCCUUUCCAUUUCCAUUAAUCUCUCUGUAAUUUUCUGCGUUAUCAAUGGCUGCCAACAGUUUUUUCUUUCUAAUCAUCGUCUUCUUCGUUACAAUCCACUUUCCCUCCCUCUCACACGCCUCCAAUCACCGCCAAUCGACAGUAGAGCUUUGGUGCGUAGCGAAGAACAACGCCGAUACCAAUGCUCUCCAAUUUGCCCUGGAUUGGGCCUGCGGUCAAGGCGGAGCAAAUUGCAGACCGAUUCAACCAGGUGGAUCUUGCUACGAUUCCGCCGAUAUAACACGGACGGCUUCGUAUGCUUUCAACGAUUAUUACCUGAAACACGGACUUACAGAUGAUACUUGCAAUUUUGAUAAUACUGCAGCUCUCACAUCUCUUAACCCUAGUCAUGGAAGUUGCAAAUUUCAAUCGAGCUCUAGUGUGAGGAAUAAUGGAAGCUCGCCGGGACUGAAUCCGGCAAGCGGAGAUCUGAACGGCGGCGGUGGCGGUGAUCUUGUUGCGGUUAGAGUAAAUCUGGUAGCGUUUUUCGCCGUUUCCUUCUUCUUCCUUUUGUAUUAGUAGCUUCUGUUGCAGAGAUGGUGUAAAUGAAAAGUUUUGUUUUGAUUAGGUCACCUCUUACAAAGUUUGAGGGUUAGUAUGAUUGUUUGCCAAAAACAAAACUUUUUUACUUCCAAGUUUAAAGUAGUAGUUACUUAGUUA